AGAAACCUUUGUUCUGGAUUUUCUCCUGAGGCGAAAUUUGAAAACAAGAGCCUCUCAAUGCUUCCUGCAAAAAAUUGCGCUCGCGUUUUUGUGGGUCGGCGAUCGCUCAUGGAUGUUUUAUCAACCAGACAUUAGCUGAAGUCAUUUAUUAGGCGUUGUGAUAUUUUUUUCCUGACCGCUACAACCCGGAGGAGGGGGGGGGGGGGACAUCUGCUCGGUUUUGUGUGUGUGUGUCUGUUAUCUACUAAAUGGAAAUAAAACGGGGAACUGAAAGUGGAGCCAGUCGAGGUAAUGAUCUUCCAGUCCACUAUCUACGCCUCCUGGCCCCGCCCUUGCAGCUGUUAUCAGCCGCAGUGUGGCAAGUAGUGCAGCAGGGACUUGUGGACCACUACGGGAUGCUGGAGGAGUUUGUUACCAUGGUGACGGAACUGGUCCCAGAGCUGAUGAGCUACAGUCAGAGGGCUCAGCUCAUCCUGGGACUCAGGGCCAGGCUGGUUCUGGAGAUGUGUCGCGGUGAGCAUCCAGUGGACAUGCAGACCAUUCAGCCACAUCUAGACAGGAUUAAAGCUCCUGCCAGCACUGCCAAUGAUCACCAUAUUACCAUAAACCAGGUGGAGGAAUCGGAGGUGAACUUUGUGGAGUUGGUUCAUUCACUACUGCAGGAUCCCUCGGAAAGGAAAUAUUUUUUCCAAGAAAUAUUCCCUGUGUAUUUUGGGCCGAAGUAUGACGCUGCACUUGAGAUGCUGGUGUGGGAGUUCAUAUCGAGACUGGAGGAGCUGCUGCCAGUUCCAGACUUAACGCAGAGAAGUGUAUCGACGGGAAAUGAAGCACACAUAGGGGCUCAUCUGCCUGCACCACUGACCCAGAGACGGAUAGAGAGGAGGGUUAACAGGAUACAGUUGGCAGCUUUGCUCGGAGACGCUCCGUCAUUCCUCGACGAAUGUCUACAAUCCUUUUUCCCGCCAGAGGACAUGAAGGGUGUACUCGAGCAUCACAGAAACCUCGGCCAUUUUGAAGAGAAAGAAGCUAGAUUUUUACCAAUGGAUGACUGCAUCCUUUCCUCCCUGUCUCUACCUCCCGUGGCCAAAACUGUCACAAACGCCACCUCGUGCUCACCGACUUUCAAAGAUUCGAACCCCCUGGAGCACAAAAGACACCUCGACGCUCUCUUCAACACGAGCAGCCUGGAGAGGGCGAUCCGGAGGAGCUCCGAGACCGUGAGACAAGGCCUGGAGGAGACGAGAGACUUGGGCGGCUGGCAGCUGGACAUCGGAGGCGGGGACCUUUCUCAGGAGAGGAAAGUGCACGACUCCAUUGGCGCACAGCCGUGCGACCCAGCCGUAGAGCCCGCCGCGCCCAACGUGACUGCGGACGAGGAUUCAGUCGUCAACGGAAGCUUGAUAGGGACGCGGAUUCUCAGGAAGAGGAAGCUGAGCGGAGGCGUGGACAUUCCCAAAAAAAAAAAACCUGCGGAGGCGAAAGCUGUCUUGGAUUCGCCGGUGGAUGAUGAGAAUUCAGGUGAAUCUCCGCUAAUCUCAAUAUGGGGAGAAUAUACAGACUCUCAGGAAGGUUCUCUCCCAGCUGUGGCGGACACAAAAGUUCCCUGGUCGGACGAGGAGACGCUCAAUCUGCUGGACAUCUGGGGGAAGGACUCGAUGCAGCGGGCUUUAAAGGGCUGCUUGAAAAACCGUCACAUAUUUACACAGAUCGCUCAGAAGAUGUCAGAGAGAGGCUACAUCAGAACUGUGGGGCAGUGCCAGACCAGAGUCAAACGAGUGAAGAAAUGCUUCCGCAUGAGCAACAGAAGGAACUCCAAACUGAAGUAUAAGUUUUACGAGCAGAUGAAGCGGAUACUCGGCUCCUCGGGUCCCUCGGCUGUUCCCUCGGUCACCUUCGAUGUCGAAGAUGUCAUCGAUGAAGAUGAGUCACCAGACAUCAAUGAAGACUUGCCGGCCCUCGGACACACGACCCGUCUGGAAAGCGGAACUAGAAGUGCUCCGUGGUCAGACUUUGAGUCGUUGUCGCUCAUCACCACGUGGGGGGAAGACAAGAUGCAACGGGAGCUGAGAGGAAUACACAGGAACGGACACAUCUUCACCAUCAUAUCCAACAACAUGGCCGCCCAGGGCUUCUCCCGGACGCCGGAGCAGUGCCAAACGAGGCUGAAAAGGCUGAAAUCCAAUUUCAGGCAAUGCUACCAAAACAACAUGAAGGGACAGGAGCAAGUUGAGUGCAAGUUUUACCACGAACUGGGAAGUCUUCUCGUGAAGGACUUCCCUCCAGUGCCGAAGCUGGAGGAAAUACCAGAAGAGCCGGAAGACAACGACUCUCUGUUUUUCUCCAGUCAGGAUCUCGAGUCGGCUGUGGGCGUCCAGGAGGACAGGAAGAAGGUCCCCUGGUCGGACAAAGAGACCAUCAUCCUUCUAGAGAUCUGGGGAGACUCACAGGUCCAGCAGAGCAUGAGACGCAACCCACACAACGGUCACAUUUUCACCGAAGUAUCGGAGAAGCUGGCCGCCGACGGCUACACCCGCAGUGCAGGGCAGUGCCACACCCGGAUCAAACGCCUGAAAGCCACCUACCGGCAUUGUCAGGAUAACCUGAACUCAUCGGGGACGGACAGAGUGGACUUUAAGUUCUAUGAUCUGCUGGAGCAAAUCCUGGACAAGCAGCCGUCGACGUCCUCCACCGCGGCGAACGACUCCAUCGAAAUAUCAGAAGACUCCAACAGUGAAUCGCUGACUGAAACGGAUGGAGAAAACGCCACGUCGACGGAGAGCCCGGCGACCGGCUCGUGGUCUGACGAGGAGACGCUGGCGCUCAUCGAGAUCUGGGGCGAGGAAGACGUUCAGAGCGCGCUGAGGGGCUUCUACCACAACGGAGACAUUUACGCCGAUAUUUCGCAGAGGCUGUGCGAACUGGGCUUCCCGAAGACCUCGGAGCAGUGCAGCUGGAAAGUCAAGUCGCUGAGGAACAUCUUUCAACAGUCCUACGAGAGGAAGAAAUGCGGGAGAAGAGUCGAUUACAGAUUCUACCACCCGCUGGAAGAAAUACUCGGUCAGGAGGCUGUUUCCAUUGAUGAGUAUGAUGAAAAAGACCAGGAUCAGGACCAGGAUCAGGACCAGGACCAGGAACAAGCAGACCAGGAUCCAGGCACAGAUGUGAACACGCCGUGGACGGAGGAGGAGACGGUGGCGCUCGUCGAGGUGUGGGCGGCGGACGACGUGCAGCACAGCCUGAACACCUGCAUCCGCAACGGCCACAUCUUUCACGACAUAUCGGAGAAAAUGGUCGCCGCGGGAUACCCGAGGUCCACGGAGCAGUGCCACUCGCGGAUCAAGCGGUUGAAGAAGAGUUACCGGCGUUACUGCAACAGCUGGAGAAGCGGAGGACGGCCCGCCGUGUUUCGAUACUUCCACCUCCUGGCGCCGGUGCUCGGUGACGACUCGAUACUGUCCACUCCGGAAGUGGACAGCGCUGCUUCUGACGCCAGCUUGCAAGCCCUCAUGGACAACGAUCCAGACACAUACGAGCAGCCCUCAUCCAGCCACCUCCUGGCUGACCAGAGCAGGAAGAUGCCGUGGUCCGACCGGGAGACACGCAUCCUGCUGGAGAUCUGGGGCGAAGACACGGUCCAGCUCACCCUGAAGGGCAGCCUGAAGAACCGCCACGUGUUUGAGUACAUCUCUGACAAGAUGAGCGACCGGGGCUUCAUCAGGACCUCGGAGCAGUGCUACACACGCAUCAAGCGCCUUAAACAUGGCUUCCUCCAUGAAAAGGAGGAAUAUAAAUUCUUCAACGAGAUGAAUGCAAUCUUUGGGCGGGAGCUGAGACUGGACGACUCGGUCACAGACCCGACAGUCACAGAUGAGCCAGACGACUGCCCCCAAAACACAGGAACCCAGUGGGUGCCGGAGAGUUCGAAGCUGACCUGGAGCGACGGGGAGACCGAGGUCCUCCUGGACAUAUGGGGGAGCGAGGACAUCCAGCAGACCUUGAAAGGCUGCACGAAGAACAAACACAUCUUCGUCCAGAUCUCCGAGGUCAUGGCGAGGCAGGGCUACCUGCGCACGCCUGAACAGUGUCAAACCAGAAUAAAGAGGCUGAGGGCCAAUUUCCGACACUUCCUCGAAGGCAGAAAAGGAGAGAAGCAGGAAUGCAAGUUCUUUGACCGGUUGGUGCGGAUAUUUGGAAACAAGUAUGCGGCGAACUCUGACCCCCUGGCCGACGAUGCAGCCGACGGCGGAGCGCUUAUCCCAGCUGUCAUUGGGCGAAGGCGGGGUUCACCCUGGACAAGUCGCCAGUCCAUCUCAGGGCACACAUAGAGACGGACAACCAGUCACACUCACAUUCACACCUAUGGGCAAUUCAGAGAUCGAUGAACCUGACUGCAUGUCUUUGGACUGUGGGAGGAAGCCGGAGAACCCAGAGGGAACCCACGCUGCCACGGGGAGAACAUGCAAACUCUAACGUUUAUUUUGUUUUAUUUUUACAGUGUCUUGUAAACGUUUCACACAUGUCGCUUCCGUUCUCAUUUUUGAUUGAUAAACUUUCACCAACACGUUUUAGGUUGUUUGUGUUGUUUUUAUAUCAGUGCAAAUCAUUUGACAAUGUGACACUGGGGUGUUCCAGAGAGUUUGUUGUUUUUAUAUAUAAAUCAAAUGAGCCAUAACAUGUCAAUUAGUGAGCUCCAGACGGGCGGAGAGGAGGGCUUUGCAUUGAAUAGACCGCGUGGCCUACCGUGUGAAACCGUAACUCUCUACAUAGCCAACAUAAACACCUGAGGGAUUGAUCUUCUCAUCUAAUUCUCAACAGGAAAACAAAAGACUGUAUUUCUCUAAAUUUCAUUGCUGCCAAGUCAUAAUCAAAAUGUGUACGUCUAAUAUGUACUUCUAGAUCUGGAGACCUGAAACUGUCCGUCAUCGUGGAGUCAAACCGCAAGAACACAGCCGCCCCGAAAUGAGCGAGGAACAGAAAGAAGGGAGGGGAAAAACCAGGACACUCGAGCAGAAACUGUUCCAUGAAAAGCUGCGUGGUGAGCAGCUGUUUACAGAUGAUGGCAUUUGCCUCUGUACGUACUUCUAAUACUUUUACAUUCUUCAUACACACAGGAUGUGUGUGUGUGUGUGUGUGUGUGUCAUCCCUCCUCCAGAGUGUCUUUGUAUUAUUUACAAUAGAGCCAUGAAACUAAAACCAGGAAGCUCAGGGCUCGAGGGACAAAAAAAUAGUGAGUGAAUAAAAGCACACGCACAAAGAAAGAAAUAUCCGCAACGCCUCUUUUACUGUUUUGCUUUGUUUUGCUUUUUGGUCUUAAUUUAGGUUUCACUUGUUAAAUCUUCUGUCUGCACUUGUUUACAACGUUUUAAUGGGUGAGUGGUGACAGAUCAUAUCAUGAAGCUUAAUUCUUCUUCUUUCUUUUUUUACACAGUAUGAGUUGAUCUUGUCCAUAAUUGUAUUUAUUUUUAAAUUAUUGUUUCUGCCUUUUAUUCCAAAGUUUUUACAAUUUACUUCAAAUAUGUUAUACUUCAAAUGUUAUUGAAGGACAUUUUUUCCACAAACGUGUCAAUGUUUUGUCACACCCAAUAAAAGAAACUUGAAAUGUU